AUGUACUGUUCCCUCAAGUUUAUUUUAAUUGUAAUUUUUUUUUACUGUCAGCCUUCAUCCAGCUUUGACGACUUAGAUUCUCAUAAAAACUCCAAAGUUAACGCGAUAAUUAUGUUCUGCAUUGGUGGUGCUAUCCUGUUGGCCAUGCUCGUUCUGAUGGCCGUCGUCAUCUGUCUUUACUACAAAGUAGCCAACGCACUGAACAUGCCAAAGGUACCUGUUUGUUUGGCCUUAAAAAAUAAUCCAGCUGUGGUCACCCCGGACAAGGUCAGUGCGGCCCUCACCGCUGGGUCGUACCCCAGCCUCCAGUGCUGUGACGAAUGUAACUUGUAUCCUGGCUUCGAUGCCCUGCCUCCAUGCUGCUGUAAUGUAAACGAGGGGCUCUGA